AUGAUUUUAGCUUCUUUGAAGAAUCUUGGCGCAAAGACGACAAGUUUAUUUGAACGCAAAAAGAAAGAUGUGGAGCAAUUGGCGCAGGAAAAAGCAGCCGAGGCACAGAAAUUGGCCGAAGACCAAGCCAAGCUUGCAGCUGAUUCUUUAACGAAAGCUAAGACGGAUGCCGAAAAAUUGGCAUUGAGUACGGCGGAAGAUACCAAAAACCUAGCAGAGGGAGAGUUGAACAAAGCUGGAGAUUCGUUAAAUAAGGGAUUAACAACGGCUGACGAAAAAAUCAAUCAAGUCAAUUCGACCAUCGACAACACCAAACAGGAAAUUGGUGGGGCGGUCAAUGCUGCUACUUCGGCUUUUGAGCAAACUAAAAAGGCUGCUAAUGACGCCAUCAAUCAGGGUGUUAAGGCAGCUGAGCAAGCAUUAGACGAACAAGUUAAGCAUGUUGAGAAGGGAAUCGACGAAACAAUAAAGGUAGCAAGUGAUUCCGUCGAUCAUAAAAUGAAAGAAGCGAACACAUACGUUGAUUCGAAGCGUCAAGAACUAGAAAAGGGUGUUCAAGGUAUGGCUGCAAAAGCACAUGAAGCCACUGACGCUCAGGCUGCCGGUCUCUUGGGUAAAUUACAUCUUGGAAAGUGA